UUUCCCGGAAAAUUAAGAAGAUAAUCUCGGCAUUGCAUAUUCCAUAAUAGACCAAUAAUCAUCUUAAAAAAAACAAAAACAAAGCAGAGAAGAGAAGAGAGAGAAUCAAUUGCCAAUCUCUGAAAGCUUCAAAACAAUUCCAUGGCGUCUCGUAGGCGUGUGCUACUCAAGGUCAUCAUUCUUGGCGACAGCGGGGUAGGGAAGACGUCUCUGAUGAAUCAAUAUGUGAAUAGGAGGUUCAGUAAUCAGUACAAAGCUACAAUUGGGGCUGAUUUCUUGACCAAAGAAGUCAAGUUUGAGGAUAGGCUUUUCACAUUGCAGAUAUGGGAUACAGCUGGACAGGAAAGAUUUCAGAGCCUUGGUGUCGCUUUUUACCGUGGAGCAGACUGUUGUGUUCUUGUUUAUGAUGUGAACGUCAUGAAAUCAUUUGAUAACCUCAACAACUGGAGGGAGGAGUUCCUGAUUCAGGCCAGUCCACCUGACCCUGAAAACUUCCCAUUUAUUGUACUGGGGAACAAGAUUGAUGUUGAUAGCGGAAAUAGCCGAGUGGUGUCUGAGAAGAAGGCAAGGGCAUGGUGUGCUUCCAAGGGAAAUAUUCCUUACUUUGAAACUUCUGCAAAAGAAGGUUUCAAUGUAGAAGCUGCUUUCCAGUGCAUAGCCAAAAAUGCUCUAAACCAUGAACCCGAGGAAGAAAUAUACCUUCCCGAAACUAUUGAUGUGGCGGGUGGACUACAGCAAAAAUCUUCUGGUUGCGAAUGUUAGAAGUUCUUUCUGCCGGUUACUUUGUAUUUUAAAGGGAUAGAAACCACCGUCAUUUUCACUUUCACUCAGCUCAUGGCAAUAAUCUGAGGAAUUCUUAAAACAAAAGCUCGAUGUAAUUUUAUGUGACUAAGCAAAAAGCAUGUCGAUUGUUAUAGUGAUUUUUGGUUUUUUUGUUCCCUCAAUGUUCAAUCCCUUUUUAAGUUUUUCAUUUUCCCCAAUUCUAUUUGUUUUGUAUUGAAAUUUCUGGGUUUUGCAGCACUUCAAUCUGAUUGUUGUUUUGUGUAUCAGAUAAUAAACUUUUUUUUCCCC